CCCCGCCCUCCGGGAGUCGGUGGGGCGAACGCCGCGGCGCCCGAGGCGGAAGUGCGUCACAAACGGCGUGACGUCAAGCCCCCCAGGCGGUGGGCGUCGGGGAACGGAGCGGCCGGGAGCCCCGCCGCCCGGGGCCAUGGCGGCGGCCACCAUCGUGCACGACACGUCGGAGGCGGUGGAGCUGUGCGCGGCGCACGGGCUGUACCUGAAGCCGGUGGCGCGGAUGAGCAUCAGCGUGGCGCUGCCGCCGCUCAAGCCGCCGGGCAAGGCCAUCUCCAACUGGGAGGUGAUGGAGCGCCUCAAGGCCAUGGUGGCGCAGCCGCCCUUCUCGGCGCUGCGCAUCGCCAAGUCCACCAUGGACUUCAUCCGCUUCGAGGGCGAGCUGGAGCACCGCGGCCUGGUGCGCGCCGCGCUGGCGCGGCUGGACGGCAAGACCAUCAAGCUGAGCGGCUGGGCCGACAGCCUGCGCGUGCGCGCCGCCGAGUUCAAGCUGGACUUCCCGUCGCGCCACGACUGGGACUCGUUCUUCCGCGACGCGCGCGACAUGGACGAGGCGCUGCCCGGCGAGCGGCCCGACACCAUCCACCUGGAGGGGCUGCCCUGCCGCUGGUUCGCGCCCCGCGACGCGCCCGCGCCCGAGCGGCCCAGCGAGCAGGUGCUGGCGCGCGUCUUCCAGAAGUUCGGCGCCAUCCGCCACGUGGACAUCCCCAUGCUCGACCCGUACCGCGAGGAGAUGACGGGCCGCAACUUCCACACCUUCAGCUUCGGCGGCCACCUCAACUUCGAGGCCUACGUGCAGUACCGCGAGUACGCCGGCUUCAUCCAGGCCAUGAGCGCGCUGCGCGGCAUGAAGCUCAUGUUCAAGGGCGACGACGGCAAGGCCGUGGCCUGCAACAUCAAGGUGUCGUUCGACUCCACGAAGCACCUGAGCGACGCCUCCAUCCGCAAGCGGCAGCUGGAGCGGCAGAAGCUGCAGGAGCUCGAGCGGCAGCGCGAGGAGCAGAAACGGCGCGAGAAGGAGGCGGAGGAGCGGCAGCGGGCAGAGGAGAGGAAGCAGCGGGAGCAGGAGGAGCAGGAGCGCCUGCGGCGGCGGGGCGAGCGGCGGCGGCGGCGGGAGGCGCGGGCCCGGGCGCGGGCGCAGCGGCGCAGCCUGAGGCGGCAGGAGAAGGCGCAGGCGCAGGAGCAGCGGCGGCUGCAGGAGGAGGUGCGGCUGGAGGAGCGGAAGCUGCUGCUGGCCCAGCGCAACCUGCACUCGCUGCGCCUGGUGGCCGAGCUGCUCAGCCGCGCCAAGGCGGCACGGCUGCGCGAGCAGGAGCGGCGGGAGCAGCGGCAGCGGCAGGAGCAGCGGCAGCGACGGCGGCAGCAGGAGUUGGAGCUGCGGCGCGUGGAGGAGGAGAAGCGGCGCGCGCUGGGGCUGCAGCGGCGGGAGCGGGAGCUGCGGGGCCGGCUGCUCAGCCUGCUGCUCAGCAAGCGCGCGCCCGACGCCAACGACCGCGCCCCGGACCCCGACCCGGCCGCCUGCGCCCCCGACGCCCCGGGCCUGGCGCGCGCGCAGCUGCUGCAGCCGGUGCUCGACAUCCUGCGGCAGACCGUGCGCGGCCGCCGGGGAGACCCCGGGGCGCAGGGGGGCCCCGGGGUGUUGGCCUGCAUCCCUGACAACACGCCCGCGGAGCCGCGCAGGGACAAGGACAGAGACAAGGACAGAGACAGAGACCCCGACGCGCGGGACAAGUGCAACCGCGAGCCCAGCGCCGAGCGCGACGGGGACCCUGACCGCCACCCCGGGGACCCGGGCCGCCCGCAGAAGCGCGCCGACGACCGUGACGACGGUGACCGCAGGGGCCGCCGGGAGCGCGCCAGCCCAGGCCCCCGCGCACGCGACCGCCGCUCCCACAGCGGGGACCCCGCGGACCGCGGGGAGACCCGGCGACACCGCCGCCAGCGCAGCCGGGAGCGCGGGGACAGGGACGAGGACGCGGGGGACGCAGACGCUCGCCGCAGAGGCCGCCACCGCCGGGGAGACCGCGGGGACGGGGACAGGGACAGGUCGCGCUCCACCUCCCGCGGCCACCGCGGCGCCUGGAACAGGUGAGGCCCCGCUGCCCGGCGGCCACCGGCGUCCCCGGGGGACUGGACGCCUUCGCCACAUGUCCCCGGUGACACUCUCCUUCACGUGUUGCUGGCACGCCACACACCGUCACCGAGUGUCUCCAGGAUGCCAACUGUCGCCCGGUGUCCCCGGAGUGCUGAGCGUCUCCAAGAGGCCACCAGCUGUCACCCCGUGUCCCCAAGAUGCGGCUCAGUGUCUCCGGGACGCCCAGUGUCUCCAGGACAUCAACUGUCUCCGGGGUGCUGAGCGUCUGCAAGAUGCCAUCCACUGUUACCCAGUGUCCCCAAGAUGUGACCCAGUAUCUCCAGGACAUCAGCUGUCCCCGGGGUGCUGAGCAUCUGCAAGAUGCCAUCAACUUGUCACCCAGUGUCCCCAAGAUGCGACCCAGUUGUCUCCGGACGCCCAGUGUCUCCGGGACAUCAGCUGUCCCCGGGGUGCUGAGCGUCUCCAAGAUGGCAUCAAUUGUCACCCAGAAUCCCCGAGAUGCAGCCGAGUGUCCCCAGGUGCCACUAGCUGUCGGCGUCCCCGAGAUGAGGCCGAGUGUCCGAGAGGCACCGCCCCCACCCCCGUCACCGCCCCCGACACGCACGACUCGCCCGAUCCGGGCCCCCCGUCCCGCAGAGCCGGCCUGGCGUGCUCCCCGCGUUUCUUUUUGUUUGCCUUCUCCCUGAGCGUUGUGCUAAGUUAUUUUCUGCAGACACACGGCCCCGCAGACUCGGACCCGGGCCCAUGACCCCGCCGUCUGCUUUGCCCCAAUAAACCCGUGUCCCCCAA